CAUGCACAAAAACUAGACGUUGUACAUAUUCAAGCAAAGCCUCGACGAUACAUCUUUCCUGCUCCUUCCAACAGCGACAAUGUUCUGGAAAAUAUUUACCUUUCUGGUGCACGUCAGCCUGUCUGUCGCGCAAAACUAUGCCGGAAACACGGCAAUGUCCUUAUCGGACAUUGUAGAUAUGAGUACAUUUAAGCAAGUAUCACAGUCAACCGAGGCGAUAUUCCACGAAGGACCGGUGUUUGUGGAGACGACCAAUGAGCUCUACUUCUCGUCCAACCGUUUUACCGACAGCAGCGGUGGACAGAACAUCCGCAUUUCCAAACUGAAUGUGACCACGCCCAAUGCCACGCCGGUCACAGUGACAACCAAUCCCCCGAUUCUGAUGGCUAAUGGAGGUGCACGCAUUAAUCUGAAGGAAAUUGUCUAUUGUUCGCAAGGGUAUAACUCGACGCCGGGAUCAUUGAUGAGGCUGAAUAUCGAAACACUCGUGGCUACAAAAAUCCCUUUGCAAAUUGUGCGGCCUUUCGGGACCGCAGAUCCAAACCCAGAUUUUAGCAGUCCAAACGAUGUUGUUUUAAGCGACCAGUACGAUGGCUACUUUUUCACCGAUCCACCAUAUGGAUACUAUCAAAACUUCCGUCCCGAGAACACCAUGCCGCCUGCUGUUUAUUUCGCCGACAGACGAAGUUUGAAUGUCACACGCAUUUGGUUUUUUCCCUCGAACUACCGGCCAAAUGGGCUUUCGCCGUCCGCCGACGGAUCUCGGUUGUAUGUCGCCAACUCAGGAUUCCAAAUCGGCAACGGUUCAACGGACCCGAGCGUUCCCAUUGUCAUGCACGUCUUCGCCAUGUCCAAAGGCAGCAAGGGUGUUCCCGUGUUGACCGAGAUGGAUCCCAUUUCCACGGGCACCGGCGUCGGUGUGCCGGAUACGGUCAAAGUGGACGAGAAGGGCAACAUUUACGUGACCGUCAGCAAUGGAGUCCGCGUGUACACCCCGGGAGGAGUGUAUAUCGACACCAUCCUCAUUCCGUCCGCCGGACCAGUGGCCAAUAUUGCCUGGGCGGGGAAGACAUUGUACAUCUUAGCGGAAACGUUUUGUAUUCGGCAAGUAUCCCAGUCAAACGACGCGAUAUUUCACGAAGGACCGGUGUUUGUGGAGACCACCAACGAGUUGUAUUUCUCGUCCAACCGCUUUAUUAACAGCAAUGGAGAAGAACAUAUUCGCAUUUCCAAAUUGAAUGUGGCGACGCCGAACGCAGUGCCGGUCACAGUGACAACCAAUCCCCCGAUUCUGAUGGCCAAUGGAGGCGCACGCAUUAAUCGGAAGGAGAUUGUCUACUGUUCGCAAGGAUAUAACACGACAUCGGGCUCGUUGAUGAGGCUGAAUAUCGAAACACUAGUGGCUACAAAAAUCCCAUUACAGCCAAAUCUGGAUUUUAGUAGUCCCAACGAUGUUGUAUUAAGUGACCAGUACGAUGGCUACUUUUUCACCGAUCCGCCUUAUGGUUUCUAUCAAAAUUUCCGACCGAAAAACACGUUGCCGCCUUCUGUUUAUUUUGCCGACAAAAGAACUCUGAAUGUCACACGCAUUUGGGAGUUUCCGGCUAACUACCGGCCGAAUGGACUUUCCCCUUCCCUUGACGGAUCGCGGCUGUACGUCGCUAAUUCAGGAUUCCAAAUCGGAAACGGCUCCACAGAUGCCACCGUGCCCAUUGUCGUGCACGUAUUCGCCAUGUCCAAAGGCAACAAAGGUGUUCCCGUUCUGACCGAGCUGGAUCCCAUUUCCACGGGGACCGAUGUGGGCGUGCCGGAUACGGUCAAAGUGGAUGAGAAGGGCAACAUUUACGUGACCGUCAGCAAUGGAGUACGCGUAUACACCCCGGGAGGAGUGUUUAUCGGCACUAUUUCCAUUCCUCCCCCCGGACCAGUGGCUAAUAUUGCCUGGGCAGGGAAGACGCUGUAUAUGUUGGCGGAAAAGGUUUUGUAUUCGGUGCAAGUUAAAAAUCGAGCGGCACCGUUGCAUGAUAUUGAUAACACGAACUGGUGA